AUGCGCAGUCAGCUGUUAUUGACUGCUGCACCUGGGCUGAGAGAGAGAGAGAGUGAUGAGGAUGGACGAGACAUCAACAGCAAGAGCAAAUCAUCAAAAUGUCAAAACACUGAAGAGUGUGUUCCUAACUACCUGGGGAUCGACUACGGUUAUCAAUGGGAUGUGGACUUCCUCAAGUUUGUGAAUAAUUUCCAGCACGGCGACACCAUUAAGCGCCUAAGUCUUAAGGGGAAGCCCAGGGGGGCCGCCAAUAAUGAGGAGACCGGACCAGGUACCAUUUCCUCCAGCCAGUGGCAUUCAACAGAAUCCUCGUCCUCAUUAAGUGAUGAUACAAGACUACUCGGCAUGUCUUCUUCAACCAGAGGCCGACCUCCCCUUCCCCCGCCGCAUGGUUCCUCGUCGGAUAACAAACCCUCCAGGAAUGACGGAGCAGCCACCUCGCAGACACCCGACGAGUCAAGGCCUCGGCCCGCUGCGAGAUCUCUUGCUUCACAAAGGCCGAGCCCCACGCUGGAAGAGCCCCUCGAGCCUCCGGAUCAGGAGGCGACGAGGCGGCUCCCGCCUCAGCCGCAUCCCCGUCGUCGGCUGGCCAGCUUCGGGGGGGUGAGCUCGCGUGGGUCCCGCUCCCCCUUCACCGGCCUGGCUGCGUACAACCAGAACAACAACGGAAACAAGCCAGCUGGCUCAGGAAGCGACGUGGAUGUCCACCUUCGCUCGUCCAUGGGCAGUAGAGGCAGCACGGGAUGCCUCAGGCUGGGCGCACAGAGCUCCGCAAGGACCGCCUCGGUUACUGCCCUGAGUCUCGGCCCCACGCACCUUCAGCACGUCCGUGACCAAAUGGUGGUAGCUCUGCAAAGGCUGAAGGAGCUGGAGGAGCAGGUCACAAUCAUCCCCAUCCUACAGGUGAAAAUCGCAGUCCUCCAGGAGGAAAAGAGGCAGCUGGUCUCCCAGCUCAAGACCCGUAAUGACAACGAGGAAGCCAAUGAUGUGAUCUGGAAGAGGGCGUGUGGCGCGGUCAGGUCUGACAUUGAGAGCACGGUGAAUGUGGAGGAAGGACUCGAGGGCACAACGAGUAGCGACUGCGCCGACCUCAAGGAGUUCAGGGAACUGACCGAGGAGAUACACGCACUGGAAAUAACCAUCAAGGGCGGACAUUUGCAAGAGUGGAAUGGAAGAGACAAAAAGCUCCUGCCCGACAAAACCAUGAAAUCAGUCGCAGUUGGAACCGAUGAAGACCUAGACACAGCCUGGUCUAAACCAAAAAAAGAAAACAAAUAUGUUCACACUGAUCGGGUAGAGAUGAGGUCCGUUGCGACGGAAGUGUCUGAAGUUAAUCUGGGAAUUUACACAGAACGGGAAGCCGAGAUUGAUGCCCAACAACUCAUAAUCAAUGCCUCAAAAGAGAGAAUUCGUCAAUUGGAAACCCAGUUGAAAGAAUCCGCUCUCCAGACCGAGAUGAGCCGUCUGAAACUGGAGCUCCUGGCGGCGGGAGCGAGGAACCGAGCCGAUAAAGCCUCCUCAGCGAGACCCUCCACUGUGAGCACGGGCACCGAGACAAGGCCUCACACCACAAGCCAGGGAGUUGGCAAUCACACAGAGCUCCGAGACGCCAGCACAGGGGAGGCGACAGAGGUGAAGACUGUUGGAGUGUCCUGUUGCGGGCCCGAGAUGAAGAAUGUUUGCGCAGGACCAGAUGUGCCGAUGAGCCACUGGGAGGUCAGGGAGCGAGUGGAGACCGCGGAGAAGGGCGUGGGGAUCCAGGUCUUAACAAACACACAGGGCGUCGGGAUGGAGAUAAAGUUGCGUGAUGCAGAAACAAACACAGAGGCACCACUGGAGAAAAGAAGGAUCAAGUCUAAGUCGGUGGGUUGCGGGGACUGUUCGGUUGACGUGAUCAUCUGCCGGGCAAAGGAGGUGGUUUCUCAAGGCACCGCCACGGAUCAAGUCAAAGGAGUGGAUCUGGGGAUCAUGGCUUCACCCCAGACAGCUUGUCGGCGCAACAACACCGUGUCCUGUUCAGUGUCUCGCUUCACCAACACCAGACACGCCUUCAGCACAGAGUCCAGCACCAACACCGUCCUAUGUACCCAGAACAAGCACACCAACACCACUCAGACGGUCACUAGGACAGUGUCAGUGGGCAACAGGGUCGAAGACCCAAAACACGACCCGGAGACCCGUACCGUUGGCGUAGGAACAGAAAAUCUGCCAGGGACAGUCGCCAGGGUAACCCGAGACGCCGGCGUUGGAUUCACGAACUUUAAGGAGAAUUUCCUGGUGGGGUUGAAAACUCGAAACAUGGCCUCCGGACCCUCCCGUCUCCCUGACCCCAUCAAGACAAGGAGCAUCGGCGUUGGGGAGGGGAGGGUACGGGAUUUGACGGCUUCGUCCAGCUCACCUGGCCAGACGAUCCGGCGGUCUUCACAGUCCGAAUGGGAACCCGGGCUGAACCACUACAUAGAGAAGAUGCAUUGGCUCCUCCGGGAGCACGGGGACCUGCUCACAGGGGACCACCACGCCCCUCAGAGGGACGGGUUCGUCCAGCAGCGCAGUAGCCGAGGAGAGGCCAACGGCGAGCUCCGCCGCAAUGGCGAGGCGGCAGCGCACCGAGGAACAGAAGUCUGCGCUUUGGAUCCUCAGCAAACAGUCUGCAGCGAGCUUCAGACUCCUUCCCAACUCUUAGUCGACUCCUCUUCCUGUGACAAAGCAGACCAAGGAAUGUCCCAACAUGGGGUCAAUGAUUCAGAAGUGAGAAGAAUGAUACAGAUGUUGGAACAACAGACGUCCUCAGCAGCUCUGAAAGAAGUUGCUAUGCGGUCUGUAAUAAAGAAACAAAACGGUGAAGAAGGCUGCAGCAGCAAGCGGAAGAGCGUGAAGCCAGAGAGGGUGACCACAGGAUCAUCUCACCAGCUGCCUCCGAGCGAGAAGGCCAACUCUGAGGCAUCGGAGAGCAGAAGAAGCAAAAAGUCAAGCGAAGCUUCUCAAGACGGUAGAAAGGGCAAAGCUGGCUCCAAAAAGGAAUCGAGAUGUUCUUCAAAAUCACAUUCCCAGAGGGGUAAGAUCAGUGAAACGAUGUUUUCCGCUUGUCAAGCCUUGAAGGUUCAUCUGAGUGACAGUACGGGUUUAUCCAGCGGGGAAUUGCACGACUGUCUGCAAACACUCCUGCGCGAGUGGUUCUGCGUGUCCGGCCACAAGUCCGCGGCCCCCGACACCGUGGGGGACCAUCUGUCCACGUUCCGGCUCAUUUCACCAGAGGUCUUGCGGCAUGUCGCUAACAUGGUCGACGGCAACGGCAACACAGCGCUUCACUACAGCGUGUCCAACGCCAACUUUGCCGUUGUCAAGAAACUGCUUGACGCAGGUGUGUGUAACGUCAAUCAGCAGAACAAAGCGGGCUACACGCCCAUCAUGCUGGCCGCCCUCGCCGCUGUGGAAAGUUAUCAGGAAAUGAGAGUCGUGGAGGAGCUUUUCACAAAAGGAGACGUCAACGCCAAGGCCGGCCAGGCCGGGCAGACGGCCCUGAUGCUGGCGGCGAGCCACGGCAGGAAGGACGUGGUGCAGGCGCUGCUGGCGCGGGGGGCGGAGGUCAACCUGCGGGACGACGAGGGCUCCACGGCGCUGAUGUGCGCGAGCGAGCACGGCCACGCCGACGUCGUGAGGCUGCUGCUGGCGCGGCCGGACUGCGACGCCGCGCUGACUGACGCUGAUGAAAGCACGGCCUUGUCCAUCGCUCUGGAGGCGGGACACAACGACAUCGCGGUGCUCCUUUAUGCACGUGCCAACUUCUCCAGAGGACAGGCGACCUAUGUGGCUGGAUGUUCCCUCUCAUUCGAACCAAUACGAACCGCGAGGUUUUAAGGAAAACCUUUAAUUUUUGUUUACGUGUGUUAACAGGCAGCGGCUCGUCUCGGCGGCUCAAAGUCUCCCUGCGUCCCCGGGGGCCGGAAUCCGUUGGAAUGAGGGCAACGGACGCUUCCUGGAUCGUCUUCGUGUGGUGAUUCUUCAACGUCCAACAGUUGACAGAAUGUUAACAUGCAUUCCAGUGAAAGCACUUGCAUAACAGUAAUAUAUGACGGUAGGGUAGCUUCAAAAAAAGCAGGGAUUCCGUACAAUAUUUCUCAAAAACGGCCAUAUUGUUCAUUGUAAUGUAAAGAAAUGAAUCUUUAUAUUCAUAAGUUGAUACUUUUGCUUCAUCGGUAAAGCUUCAGGAGAAUCACUACGUAGCCUUAAAUACAGUUUGUUUUAAACAUGGUUCAUUUGAGGGUACAAUAGGUAUAUUGUGAGUAUUGUAUGUUAGAGGAUGUCUUUGGACUUUCGGACAGCGAUCAAGGCUGGACAUCCCCGUGUUUCCUCCUCUGCGAAUGAAGCGACUUCUCCUUCCGACUUCGAUCCCUCCUGUUAUCACUCGACAACAUUUUUUUCCGUGGGAUUUGAAAGUCUUGUUUCUUUGCUGUGCCUUUUUAGUUGACAAUUGUUUGUUAUACGUUCAUUACAUCCAUUUUUUGCCCCAAAUAUCUUUUCUAGUGUAUUUCUGCUGUUGACUACAGAAAAAAUGUUUGCUUGGUAUACGUGACUCAACCGAUUAAGAGAAACCCGGCGGACCUUCGGUGUGUGUGCUCAAUGCUUCUUUCAGCCACUUCCAGCCCAUAGGAUAUCGGUCCGAAUCAGGGACACUCUGUUAUUCAUCCCGAAUCCACUCGGUACACUCGUAUUUUUCUAUUAUCGACCAAUGCAUGAGGUCUAUUUCACAAAAUGCCUCAAAUUUUAGACCUCUUUUCAGAAGACUGAUAUAAAAUACUUUUUUUUAGGCGGCUUUGCCUCAUCAAAGUGUGUGUUGCCUUCACCAAUGCUCACAUUUAAAUUGAAUUUCACCUUCGAAUGAGCUUUGAAGAAUUCAUAAAACAUUCCAAAUGUGGCCUCGGGCAGUCCAGGCUGUUGGAAUUAACAUUCCAUAAAGGAGCCAGCUACAGAGAAAAGAGUUUUAGGAGAGUGUGUGGCCCAGCAGUUCAUUUCUGUGACCGCCCUGAAACAGACAGAUUCGUAUUAUAGACACAAGUAUUUGCAAGAUGUUCAAUCACACGAUAUUUUUUGACGUUGGGAACAUGCAGUGACUUAUUGUCUUUGUCUCUUUGCAUAUGUUUUCUCUACAUUUUGCACAUUUGUUUAAUUUUGGAAAGUGAGGCUCGUGCUGCAAGGUAAUGUGUCCCAUUAUCGGGAGCGUUUCAAUGUGUGACUGAGAGGACUCUGAGUCAUUUCCCAGCAACAGCAAUAAAAUACAAUAAUAUACAAGGUUCGCCAUCAAGAUUCUCAGUUGCCAUGGUAACAAUCAGCAGGUUUGAGCAAGUGGUUCGUGGGAACAUAAUACUGAAAUGAUGUAUUUCAUAUAGCUGACCCGGGCAUUUUACUUUGGCAUGCUCUUCAUUACAUCUUAUAAUGAAUAAUGAGUACAUUUUCCCACAAGCAAUCCACUAAUUAAAAGAGCGAACAAAAUGCCUGCUGCCAUAAUUCUUUCAAACCUGAGGUAUGAAACAGGCACGCAAGAAAGAAACUCUCCUUGUACACUGUGGCAAGAAAUAACUUGAGGAGAGACCUAAAGUUUACAGAUGGAGCCUCUUCCAUCAGCCUCCGCCCGCGCAGAUAGAAGGUCUGACUUCAGACGGAAGGUCUGACUUCAGAUAGAAGGUCUGACUUCGGACAGAAGGUCUGACUUCAGAUAGAAGGUCUGACUUCAGACGGAAGGUCUGACUUCAGAUAGAAGGUCUGACUUCGAACAGAAGGUCUGACUUCGGAUAGAAGGUCUGACUUCAGACAGAAGGUCUGACUUCGGAUAGAAGGUCUGACUUCAGAUAGAAGGUCUGACUUCAGAUAGAAGGUCUGACUUCGGACAGAAGGUCUGACUUCAGAUAGAAGGUCUGACUUCAGACGGAAGGUCUGACUUCAGAUAGAAGGUCUGACUUCGAAUAGAAGGUCUGACUUCGGACAGAAGGUCUGACUUCGGAUAGAAGGUCUGACUUCAGACAGAAGGUCUGACUUCGGAUAGAAGGUAUGACUUCGGACAGAAGGUCUGACUUCCGAUAGAAGGUCUGACUUCAGCUGGAAGGUCUGACUUCAGAUAGAAGGUCUGACUACGAAUAGAAGGUCUGACUUCGGACAGAAGGUCUGACUUCAGACGGAAGGUCUGACUUCAGAUCGAGAGCAGAUAAUUAUCCCAUCAGCUGCGGCACGCCGAACAGCUUACAACCUUAAGUGCAAACGUCACUCGGCUCCAUUCAGAGGGCGUCUUUGUGAGCUACUGCCCCAGUGAUCUCUUCCCCUGCUGGUGUGCGGCCUGACGGCUGUUGUCUAUCAAACGAAUGCUGUGUGACUGUACUUUUCUUUCUAGUUAGUUUUUACUGCAGGUUUUUUAUCAAAUGUCAGAUCUCAGGGCUGACAUUUUCUCUUCCAAUACAAGUUCCUGUGUAUGUGAACCCUGCUGCAUAACAUCCAAAACAAUAAGUCACAUAUUGGUAUAUAGGGAUAUAUCACAGAAUCCAUCUAUUCUAUGCAAUGUAAGUCGC